GUAAGCGCAAGCGCAGUCGCGCCGGGAUUUCGGUGGUCGUCGUCGUCGUGGCGGUUGUUUUGGCGUUUGUCCGGAUUGCUAGCGCCGGAGCGCUGGGUCAGCAUCAUUGGUGACUGAGAAGGCGCGAGAGGAGUCUUUCCCGCUGCACUGAGGCGAGGCGUCGCUCGGGUUGCCCCGGCUCAGCCCAGAAUAGAGAGCCAAUCUCUGGCCCCGCUCGGCCCGUAGAGUCCGAUGGCCGCUGCCGCGCUGACGGCCCCGGCCCUGGGUAUUGUGACCUUUGAGGACGUUGCUGUGUACUUCUCCUGGAAGGAAUGGAGUCUCCUUGAUGAGGCUCAGAAAUGCCUGUACCACGAUGUGAUGCUGGAGAACUUGACACUUACAACCUCCCUGGGUGGUUGUGGAACAGAGGAUGAGGAGGCACCUUAUCAGCAGAGCACUUCUCCACAGCAGGUGUCACAGGUUAGGAUUCCUAAGGCCCUUCCUUCUCCCCAGAAGACCAACUCCUGUGAGAUAUGUGGCCCAGUCUUGAGAGAGAUUUUGCACUUGGUUGAGUACCAGGGAACACCCCAUGGUCAGAAACUGUACACAGAUGGGACAUGCAGGAAACAAUUACAAUUUACUGCAUACCUUCAUCAGCACCAGAAGGAGCAUGUUGGACAGAAACACUUCAGAAGCAAUGUGGGCAGAGAGAUGUUUUUGAACAGCUACACAUUUCAAGUAUCUGGGAAGCCAUUCACUUGCAAGGAAGUUGGGAAGGAUUUCCUGGCGAGAUCAAGAUUUCUGCAGCAACAGGCUACUCACACCAGAAAGAAGUCAAACAGAACCAACAGUGCAGUGGCUUUUCACAGUGUGAAAAAUCAUAACAACUGGGGAGAACGUAUGAAAGCUUUCAGCUACAAACACGUACUUAUUCAGCACCAGGGAGACCUCAGUAGGGAAAGAUGUUACAUGUGCAGUGAAUGUGGGAAAUCUUUUAGCACAAGCUGUAGCCUCAGUGAUCAUUUGAGAGUUCACACAGAAAACCCUUAUACAUGUGAGGAAUGUGGGAAAUCCUAUAGGCAAAGCUCUAGCCUUAUUACACACCGAAGAGUUCACACUGGAGUAAGACCUCAUCAAUGUGAUGAAUGUGGAAAAUUAUUUAGAAGGAAGUAUGACCUUAUUAUACAUCAGAGAGUUCAUACUGGAGAAAGGCCUUACAAGUGCAGUGAAUGUGGGAAAUCCUUUAGCCAUAGCUCUAGCCUCAUUACACACCAGAGAAUUCAUACUGGAAUGAGGCCUUAUGAGUGCAGUGAGUGUGGGAAAUCCUUUAUCCAUAGUUCUAGCCUUAUUACUCACCAGAGAGUUCACACUGGUACAAGGCCUUAUAUGUGCAGCGAAUGUGGGAAAUCCUUUAGCCAAAGCUGUCAUCUCAUUAAACACCGGAGACUUCACAUUGGAGAAGGGCCUUAUGAGUGUAGUGAAUGUGGGAAAUUGUUUACUUACAGAUCUCGUUUCUUCCAACACCAGAGAGUUCAUGCUGGUGUAAGAGCUCAUGAAUGUCAUGAAUGUGGAAAAUUAUUUAGCAGGAAAUUUGACCUCAUUGUUCAUCAGAGAGUUCACACAGGUGAAAGGCCAUAUGAGUGCAGUGAAUGUGGAAAAUCCUUUACCUGUAAAUCCUAUCUCAUUGCACAUUGGAAAGUUCAUACUGGGUCAAGGCCUUAUGAAUGUGGGGAAUGUGGGAAAUCAUUUACCCAUAGCUCUACACUCCUUCAACACCAGAGAGUUCACACUGGAGAAAGGCCUUAUGAGUGCAAGGAAUGUGGGAAAUUUUUUAGCCAGAGCUCCAGCCUCAUUAGACAUAGGAGAAAUCACACCGGAGAAAAGCCUUAUGAGUGCAGUGAGUGUCAGAAAUCCUUUAGUAACCGCUCUAGCCUUGUUAAACACCAAAGAAUUCACACUGGAGAAAGGCCUUAUGAAUGCAGUGAAUGUGGAAAAUCCUUUAGCCAGAGCUCUAACCUCAGUAAUCACCAGCGAGUUCACAGUGGGGAAAGGCCUUAUGAGUGUAGUGACUGUGGAAAAUCUUUUACCUUCAACUCCAAUCUCCUAAAACACCAGAAUGUUCACAAGGGAUAAAGGUUAGGUAACACACAGAGGGCUAUUAGGGACAGAGAAGCGUCCCUGCAAAAUUCGUAGAGAAAGAUUAAAUAAAUAAAUGUAUGAAUUUUCAGUAACCAUGCUUUAUAUUUAGUAUAUGUUCUCUGAAUUUUGUUUUAUACAAAUACAUUUAUAUGUGUACUUUGUCUCUCUUAUAUGCACACAUAAAAAUAAAUGGUUUCUUU